CGCGUUUUUCUAGCAGGCGGAGUAAAUCAAAACAGAGAACAUCGAUAGUCAGCGUGCAGUUGCAGCGUCAUUGUGGGAAGCUGUUUGAAUGAAGUUGUUAGUAUUCGCUGAAAUCUGCAGCAAGAAUUCGCGCCCCGGUGACAGGGAUCCGAGUAAAGCGCCACAACUACUCAUCACAAAACAUGCCGGUCUUUACAGUGAAUGUGAAAUGGGGAAAGGAGAAGUUCGAUGCGGUUGAGCUGAACACCGAAGAACCACCCAUGGUUUUUAAAGCCCAACUGUUUGCUCUGACGGGAGUUCAACCAGACAGACAGAAGGUCAUGGUGAAAGGAGGGACGCUGAAGGAUGAUGAGUGGGGCAACAUCAAACUUAAAAAUGGCAUGACCCUACUAAUGAUGGGCUCUGCUGAAGCCCUACCUGAGGAACCGGCUGUCAGACCCAUGUUUGUGGAAGACAUGACGGAAGAACAGCUUGCUUCAGCUAUGGAGUUGCCAUGUGGUUUGACAAACCUGGGCAACACCUGCUACAUGAAUGCUACAGUGCAAUGUCUGCGGUCUGUUCCUGAGCUCAAAGCUGCCCUUCAGAGGUUUUCUGGGGCUCUCCGUUCCUCUGGAGCAAAUGCGCCAUCUCAAUACAUCACCGCAGCUCUGCGUGACCUGUAUGAGUCCAUGGACAAAACCUCCUCCAGCAUACCACCUAUCAUCCUGCUGCAGUUCCUGCACAUGGCCUUCCCUCAGUUCGCUGAGAAGGGUGACCAAGGCCAGUAUCUGCAGCAGGACGCCAAUGAAUGCUGGGUGCAGAUGAUGAGAGUGCUUCAGCAGAAGCUAGAACCACUGGAACCUGAAACGCCAAUGGAGACAGGGAAUGAAGGUGGGGCAGCCACGGCCUCUGCCAAGAAGAAUUUCAUUGAUCAGUAUUUUGGUGUGGAAUACGAAACCACUAUGAAAUGCACAGAGUCAGAGGAUGAGGAGCCUGCCAAAGGCACAGAAAGCCAUCUCCAGCUAAACUGUUUCAUCAACCAGGAAGUGAAAUACCUGGCCACCGGACUCAGACUGAGACUACAAGAGGAAAUCACGAAACAUUCUCCAUCUUUAGACAGAAACGCGCUGUACAUAAAGACUUCUAAUCUCAGCCGGCUUCCUGCCUACCUGACGGUUCAGAUGGUUCGCUUCUUCUACAAGGAGAAGGAAUCCGUUAAUGCCAAAGUUCUGAAGGAUGUCAAAUUCCCUCUUAUGUUGGAUGUGUAUGAGCUGUGCACAAAAGAACUCCAAGAGAAGAUGGUGUCAGUCAGGUCCAAAUUCAAGGAGGUGGAAGACAAGAAGCUAGACAAACAGCCGAAAAAGGUGGAAAAACCGACGGGUGCUGCACCCAAAGAGCCAAAAUACGAGCCCGUCUCUUUUCCAGAUGAUCUGGGCUCCAACAACAGUGGCUACUAUGACCUGCAGGCAGUGCUGACACAUCAGGGACGCUCAAGUUCGUCAGGCCACUACGUCUCUUGGGUCAAGAGGAAAGAAGAUGAAUGGGUGAAGUUUGACGAUGACAAGGUCAGUGUGGUGACCCCUGAAGACGUCCUGAAGUUAUCUGGCGGGGGAGACUGGCACAUCGCAUACGUCCUGCUGUACGGGCCUCGCCGCCUUGAGAUUCUGGAAGAGGAGGAGCAGUAGUAACGAGUAUGGAACGAGACAAAUGAAAACCAACAAUUCAACAUGCCAUUUCAAAGCACUGUCUGCAUAGAUGUGCAAUAAAUCCCAGUGUCUUUUAAAAUCUGACCUUAAUUUUUUUUAAGUGACAUACAUUUGUGCACCACCAUUGAAGCAGCAUGUUAAGGGUGGGGAAAGCUGAUUCACCUAUCUAAGGAACAGACUGUAAAAAAUAAAGAUCAAUCCUUGAACAUGA